AUGGCUUCAGAGAAGAGUACGUCAAUUCACGAGCCCGACGCGAAACAUGUCGAGGACAUCCAACAUGGAGGCAAAGACCACGGCGUCAACGUCGCCGCCAUCGUCGAAGACCACGAUAUUGAAGCCAUUCCCCCAGACGAGCGCGAAGACAAGGAGACCCGUCGUAUUGUCCGCAAAAUCGACAUGCGCCUCCUCCCCGUCCUCGCCACGAUCUACUCCUUCGCCCUCAUCGACCGCGUUAACCUCCCCAAUGCCAGGAUCGCCGGCAUGGAUGAGGACUUGGGUCUCUCAAUCGGCAAUAGAUACACUCUUGUGACGAUGAUUUUCUUCGUGCCGUAUGUGAUCUUCCAGUUCCCUGCCAAUAUCGUCAUUCGGAAACUCGGGGCGUGUCUCUGGUUAUCUUCCCUGGGCUGCGCCUGGGGCAUCGUUUCCAUCGGGAUUGGCUUCAACCACAAAUGGACCGAUCUCAUGGGCUGUAGAGUCCUUCUCGGAAUCUUGGAGGCGGGCUAUUAUCCUGGUUGUAUCUUCCUGCUCUCGUGUUGGUACCUCAGAUAUGAAGUGCAGAAGCGAUUCAGCGCUUUCUACUUGCUUGCGCUGCUGUCGUCUGGCUUUUCAAAUAUCCUCGCGUACGGCUUGAGCCAGAUGGAUGGGGUUGAAAACCUUCGUGGUUGGCGCUGGAUCUUCAUCAUGGAAGGCAUCAUCACCGUCCUCCUCGGCCUGCUGGGCUACGUCUUCAUCAUCGACUUCCCAGACAAAUCCACUCGACCCUUCCUCAUCCUCCGCAAACCCUUCCUCACCAUCCCCGAAGCCAAAAUCGUCCUGGACCGCAUCAACCGCGACCGCGGCGACGCCGUCGUCGACACCCUCACCGCCCAAAAAGUCCUCGUCUUCCUCCGCGACUGGAAAAUCUGGGAGUACGCCUGGCUGUACUGCCUCAACAACACCGUCACCUACUCCUUCAGCUUCUUCCUGCCCAUCAUCCUCAAAGGCGACAUGGGCUACUCCACCGCCAUGUCCCAGGUCCUCUCCUUCCCCCCAUACGUCGCCGCGGCCCCCUGGAUGUUCUUCACCGCGUGGGUCGCCGACAGGUACCGUAUCCGCGGCGCGAUACUCAUCUUCAACUGCGCCGCCGCCAUCGUCGGCGUCGCCAUGGUCGGCUACGCCACCUCCAGCCCCGCCGCGCGCUACGCCGGCGUCUUCCUAGGCGUGUGUGGAGCGAAUAGCAACGUCCCCACGAUUCUGAGCUACAUGCACAACAACAUCGUCGGGCAGAUGAAGCGGAGCGUCGCGAGCGCGCUCAUUAUUGGCGGCGGGGCGAUUGGCGGGAUCAUCGCGUCGAAUAUUUUUCGGCAGCAGGAUGCGCCGAGGUAUACGCCUGCGAUGGCUACGGUGAUUGCGACGCAGGUGGAAGAAUCGAAAGGCGGAGAGCGGGGAGGUGGUGCUUGA